GAGCGCUCCGCUGUGUUUGUUGUCGGAGGCGAAAAUUCCCCUCGGGACGCCGUGAGGAAUGGGAAGCAGUUUGUUUGACUCCAUUCCGGAAGUGGAGGGAGACUUGAACGCUGUGUGGCUCUCCGUAACGCGAACAAACAUCAAGGCAAAGCUUUCAGAUGAUUGCCUUUCAAAUGUCUUCUAAUCAAAAUGGAGGUGAAGCUGGAAGUACUUGUGUCCUCAAGCAUUAAAAGAAAAAAACCAUGCCCACGGUUCAGUUGGCUUGGACAGGAGAAAGAAAAUGUAUUUUUGUUGGAUGACAAAUGCUUAAGUGAAAUCAGCUUGGCAUCUCAAAGAAAGAAGAAAGUCAGUCCAAAAUUGAAUACUCUCCUGAAAAAUGUGAUCACUCUUGCACCCUCCAGAAAUGGAGCCUGGCUGGCUGGACUGUUGUCAUCGGGUGAAGUUUUUCUGUGGAAUAAAGACCGCGACUGCUUGAAAACAACCACUGCAGCAGAUCCUGUAAUUCAAGUGAUCAAAAGUUCAGAAGAGUGUUCAGAGGCAUUAUGCUUAAUUGUCUCAGGAGAUGGAAAGAGGAUCCUUCUUUUAACUUCAGUUGGACUCGUGCUUCUCUGGGAAAGUAAUGAAAACAAGGAUCUAACUACUGUACUAGGCAAUCUGGCAACUGGCCAAUGGUCAGAGAUUUCCUAUGCUGAAAAUGUAACCCUCCCAACUAGAGUGGAUAAAGAAAGAUCUGUGAAUGCUGCCUUUUUUAAACAGGAGGCUGUUGGAGACUGCUGUAUUUGUUCCUUUUUAUUUACCUCAGAAGAAAAUCUGGUGUUGACAUUUCUUACAUUACAUUGGUUUGAAAAUCCUGAGCAUCACCACAGAGUGAAGUGGACAACACAAAAAUACUCCCUUCCUAGCCUGUCUCCACCUUGUUCUCCAGUGAAGUCCCGAGGAGCUCUUCCUACAGCAUUCUCAGGGGAUGGACAAAUUCUAGCAAUAGCAGUCAAUCAGAAAGACCCAAAGGCCUCCCAGGUUCUCUUUGUGAGCACAGUCAGCUGUGUGACAGUAUCAAGCAGUCUUAAGGGCUGUGGAAGCAAAAACAUGACAGUACCUUCAAAGUAUAUCCGGUCCUACUGGGUGGGUGACAUCUCUUGGACCUGUAAUGACCUGUACCUGGCCUGUCUGCUCAAACGAGGAGCUCUUCUGUUUUUAUCCCGACUGGGGGACCUCCUUACACUCACAACUUAUGGUUGCUCUGUUGAAUUUGGCCCAGCACAGUAUAUUCCUCUUCAUCCAUUAAUAAACUUUAGGCCUCCACAGUCUGAGCUGAGGUCAGUUGACUCUGAAGAUGCUCUUGGUUCAGAAGUUUCACUGAAAGAUGAAAUGAGGCAGCGCUUUUCAGUGACUGCUCACUUGCGCCUUCCCUAUCUCAUUGUCUCUGAUGGCUACAUGGUCACUGUCCUCAGAGUCUCUAACAACUCCUCACCUUCUGCCUUCAUGAAUUCAGUGCUUGUGGAUACUGCUCAACAGCUUGAGAAAAUCAGACAGGCCCUCUUGGCAGCUCAGCCCAGGAAGAACAUACAUUUGAAAAUGCUUUCUUCCUUAAAAUUUGCUACUUUGCAAGGUGAAGCCCAUAAAGAACACACUGGGACUGCAAUUCCUCAGUUUCUUCAGGAAGAUACAGAUGUCACAGAUGAUAUAAACACAGCUAAGUUCAAUGAUGAGAAUUCUAAUGAUGACAUCCUCCCUCCAUGUGAUUUUUUACCAGAUUGUGGCCGUUUUGAGUUUGCCUCUAUGUUUGACACAAUCCAUGCUGCGACAGAGUUAACUUCAGAAACCAGUGACACAGCUACACAGCUUUCUUUUAUUCAGAAGAACCUCCUCAUGGUAUGGAGUAUAGGAGUCUCCAUUGGGAGAAUGGAGAGGAAGAGGUCCCUCUUAAAAUGCACUAUCCGUUGCCUUGUCCAUUUAGCUCAUGUUAGUCAAUUUUUGGACCAUCAACUUCCUGAUUCUUUAAAAUUAAAGAAUAAGAUGAAUCAUAAUAAAGCCUUGAAAAGAGAUGCGUGGAUGUACCCGAUUCUCCAGAUUUUUAAGUACUUCCUAACUGUUCUUUACUGGGACAUGACUCACAAGGAGUGCCUUAGUGUCACUGUGGAACUGGUAAGGGAAAUCGUGAAACUGUUUGUUUUCCCACAGAGUGGUAUUACUUCUCCUCAAGCCCUAGCAAAUGCACUCUUUGUUCUGAAGCUGACAUCCCAGCACCUAAAUGUGAUAUAUACUGCUCAAAGUCAGCUGGCAUCCAAUGGAGCACGGUUGGAUAUGUUCUCAACUCCAUUUCUACAGGAGGGCCUUGACUUGGAGAAAUCUAUCAACUUCUCUGUAGUGGCACCUCAACAGGUGGAUACACAACAGAAACCUUCCGACAGACUUGCUGCUGUCUGGAAGAUACUGUAUCAACAGGCUCUUCGGUAUAAAUCUCAUCUGUAUAAAUAUGUUCAGACUAGUCAACAACAGGGCGACUUGUACUUAGAGGAGCGCUGGACCUCUUGCCUCAUUGCACAGAUUCAGACAGCAAUGCAGACGGCAGGAAUGUCACUUAGAAUCCCUCAGAAGCUGAACACUAUAACAGGAGAGCAGCAGUUUCUUUUGGGCUCAUAUUCAGAUGCUUUACAUUUCUGGAGGUCUUCACUACAAGAUGAAAUUGGCAAAGACAGCAGACGCACUUGCUUCCUGCAAACUCGUUACUACCUGGCUAUAUUAUAUUGUCAUCUGUGCCACUACAACUUGAGGGCUGCGCAGGGCUUAUGCGACCACUUAGCCAGAGAAGUGCUUCGUCGCGUUCAGCUGUACCCUGACAGUGUUGAUGCGUUUACUGUGGAUGAAUGUUACUUUGCUGAAACUUGGCAUCUUGGCGACGUAAAUGUUGAAGCUCUAUAUGCUGUGAUCCAGUCAAUGGCUAGGUUUAUGUCUGCUUAUUUCACCAAUCACCCUCUUUUUGUGUUUCCUCCUCACAAUGUGGAUGUUUUGCCUCCAUUGCAUAAUAAACCAGAGAGCACUUCUCGAAUAGUCCCUUUACAACACUCCCGUGUGGCUAGUGUUGUGCGUGAGCAGCACUUGUCAGGUGUGUGGUCAGUGGAGUAUGCGUUAGAUUUACUGCUGAUUGGUGGCUUAUUACCUGAAGCAGUGUGGUUGGCACAUAUGCUGAGAGACUGGAAGAUGGCAGUGUCUCUGGGCUUGGCAUACAAAGUUUACUGCCAAACUACAUUGAAUCUUUCAGGGUUUAAAUGGCGAGAGCUCCACAUUCCCUUGGAACUGCAGCCGGUGCAAAUUUUCCAGAAUAAACUGCAGUCUUUGCUUGGACAAAAAUUAGAGCCAGAAGAAUUAGUUCCUGCUGUGGCUAAAAAAAAUUGUGAAGUUACAAAAGACAGUAAACAGAUCACAGAUUCCAUUGAAGAUGAGGAUGCAGACUCUCUUUUUAAUUCCAUCCAGGAAAUUCUGAAAGCUGCUGUCAUGGCAGAAUCUGAUGUGCUUUCAGAGACAUUUAGUGUCUUGCUGCAGACUGCCAAGGAGCUGAGUACAAAGCUAUCUGCUAUAGUGCCUCACAGGCUAUAUCUGCCAGCGCCUCCUCUGUACUGCCCACAGCCAGCUUUAGACAGCAAGCAUUCUGUAGAAGAUAUGGCACUAAAAGCAGAGCAUAUGAUGCGUCAGAAUGUAUCCAAUGUUCUUCAGCGAGUUCUUCUGCUAUUCAGGGCAGCACAUUGCUCUCUUCCAGCAGCCCAGUGGUAUAUUCAAAAACUAAAGCGUUGUCGGAAAGUGAUGAAUAAGAUACGAUUGAAAGGUUCACAGCCUCCCCUGAACUGUUUUCCAGAAUCCUUAUUUAAAUAUUUAAACAGAAGAAAAUACUUCAAACCAGGAGGACCAGGCAGAGAUGGCCAACUAGAUCCAGUGGUAGUUAAAACAAUAAGUUGCUUCCGAGACCUGUGUGGCUUGUGCUGGAUGUUCCAUGUUCGAGAAAUGCUUUCAUUGAGCUGUAGGAAGUAUCAGCUUGCAAGAAAUAAUACUAGAGAACCUCAGGUCUACAAAGAUGGGGUAGAAUAUGAUGCAGCAGUAGUUGAACAUUGUAUUGAAGCUCUGGAAUGGGCAUGCCGUUUGCUGCCUUUUUCAAGGUUUAUAAAUGCAGAGGAAGUUACUCAAGAUGUGGUUCUGAGCCUUUUAGGAGAACUACCUCCAAUAAAGAAGGUGGCAGACAUUUUUGUUAGAGCUUUUCCAGAACAGCAGGACUCUAUACGUGUUGCAUUGAGGGAGAAGUAUAACUCUCUAUUUAAACGCCUUAGGCAAUUGACUGUAAAAGGUCCUGACACAGAAGACGCUAUGCCUAUUAUCAUUCAAGAUCUUCUGAAGUUGAGAAUUAAGCAGCUGAAGAGAAUUGCUAGAAACAUUGGUCCAGUUGAGCUACACAUCUGGGAAAGGACAGAGGAGAGCUUAGGGGAAAAUGACACUCCUCUUUAUGACAGAUUUUCACUGGGUACCAGUUUAAGCAGGAGUACACUAACAGAUUAUGGCAGAGCUCAGGUCUAUAGUGAUGGAGACACUGCUGACAGCAUUUCAGAACAGCUUCCAGUAGUUGACAGGAGAGAUGAAUUUGAAGCUGAUAACAGCCAGUACAUCAGAUCUCAAAGUGUUACAUUAACUUCUGUGACAGACGAAGGCAAAGAGAAACAGAGUGAUGUAAAUAAAGACAAAGCUGAUAACACUCCAAUUUUACCCCUUGUGGGAUCCUGGGAAUUUGAAUGUGAUGAUGAUGAAUAUAUUAAUUUUUUAGAGCUCUUUUUGACAUACUUGCUGGAAAGGGACCUGAUAAGUAAUGCUGACCCAUGUGUUCCAUAUCUUACCACCUUUUCUAAAUUGUUAAGAAAUCAGGAGUUGAACUCUUUUCUCUUUGAUGUGCACAGUACACUGAAAAGACACCAGAAUCGUAAGAAAAGUAGUGGUAAUGUCUUCAGAGCUGGCAGUUGCUAUCGUCUUGUUCCUGAAACACAACCCUUUCAAAAAGGAGAAUCUUCUCACGUUGUGACUUGGAGCACACAGUCAGGACUGAGGCCUGUAAGCUCAAUCACAGAUCACACAAGAUUCAGUUUAAACAGAUCUUUAUAUUCUUCUGGUGCUAAUAAAAGCCAAGGUUUAUUUGGUUUGAGGCAGCAGCUUGCAUCAAAUUCUGUGGAUGGCACCAAUAAUGUAUCAGUUGGACAAACAAAUGUUUCAGCAGGACAUCAAAGUGCCUUUAUCUCUGGGUUAUCUACUCCUGGAACUGAACAGUCUGAAAAGUAUAUUUACCAGGUCGUAUUGCCAAAGGAUAUCACCCCUCCAAUGGAUGAGCUGACUCCAGAUUUACAAGCUCAGUUUAAAUUAACAGGGAGACUUUUAGAGUGGAUGAUCCGCUGGACAAACCGCAGGUUGCUAAGAGGGUCUGGUAAUGGAGAGAAGCAGAAAGAAAACAGAACUGUGAUUCGUGUCAAGAGCACAGCUCCAGCUAUUCUUAGCUCAUUGUGGAUAAUGGAAAAGAGGUAUUCAGCUGGAACUCUGAUGGAUAAAUGCUCACAGUUAAAGAUAACUGAGGAUGAAGAGGCAUCUCUAGUGUUGCUGCCCGAGUCCAAAUUAAAUAUUAACAGAGAAAGUAGCGUCGACACUGGGUAUCCUGUGUCAACUGAAACUCCUGUCACCCUUUUAGAUGCAGAGAUGUUUGAGGCACAGGAUGCAAAUGACCUUGAAUACUCUGACUUCUUUGUGAAGCAUAAAAGUAGACAGAGUGACAUUGGUCUAUCCCAGUCAUAUCACUCUGAUCAAGUCGAUUCAUACUUAGAUUAUAAAUUUCAAAACAAUAAUACUCCAGUGGAAGAUAAAUCAGAUGUGCCUUCUGAAACAGACGAAAGUGAAGAUGAUUCACCAGUGCUACAAUUUCAUCCUAGUAUUUCUGUCAGCAUUAAGGCUGUUUCCAAGUCUUCUAAUUCACAGUCAAAUGAGAGACAACCAAUUUUGGAUGAGAAGUCCACACAAGACAAUUCUGUAGGGGUAUAUCCUGAAGAAUUAAUGAAAUCUGAAUUAAAAAACCAGAGAAGUAGUCCUGAGCCUGUUAGCAUUGCAGCUACAGAGACGGCAAUGUCACCAGAAAGACCAGAGAUGACAAUGUCAUCAGAAAGCAGUGUUUCUUGUCAAGAUGCCAAUGUACAGACCCCAACCAUUCCUUCAGUUUAUCUUCCCACAAGCCAAAACUGUGAUGCUGAGUAUACACCCUCCCAUGGUCCAGCACAACAGCAAGGAGCUCAGAACGGCACCCCUGAUGCCCAGUCUUCUACCACUUCUGAAGCUGUCAGACAGAUGCUUCAGGAUGAAAUGUUCAGACUUGUGCAGUUGCAGCAAGUAAACUUCAUGAGCCUCAUGCAAGUUGUUGGUUUAUCAUUUCUCAAUAUGCCAAAUGUGCAGCAAAAUCUUCCACAAGCAGCAACUGCAAUGAUGAAUAAUUCUCAGAAUGUAAACCCUAGUUUGAGAAGUUCAUUCUUUUCAGAAGAAAUCCAGCCAAGUAACAAGGCACUUGAUAACCAAGAACAAGUUUUCACGAGCAAAUCACUAAAUAACCCGAACUUGCAGGGAAGCACUAAUGAAAUCACCACAAGAGAUGAGGUUCCUAGAAACCAAGAGCAAAUCUUAUGGAGCAAUGACAACCAGAAAUUUCAAAAAAUAAGUGGUCAGUGUAAUAAAAAGGAUGAGACAGCUGGACACAGCAAGCAAAUCUUCCAAGGCAUGUCACUAAAUGAUCAACAGGAUCGGAAAACCAGUGAUCAGAGUGCUAGAGAAACUAUUACAGAGAGUCCACAAGAAUUAUUCCAAAACAGGGAUGUCCAUGAUGGUUUGCCUCAUGUGAACAAUUUGACCUCACCAAAUAGCAGAUUGUUAGCAUCCACCACGAGCCAGUAUGGAAUUAAGCUUUUGAUGCCAUCAUCUGUUACCCAACAGACACCCUCAUUUAUUCCACUGGAAAAGCUUUUAGAAAGAAAAAGUGGUUUACAGUUGCUUAAACCUGAGCCUGCUCAUCAGCUUAUGUCAUUUGCUGGCUCCUCAGUGAAAGUGCCUCCACCCUGGCACUCUGUUUAUCCUCCCUCAAAACCUCGAGAAGUUUGGGUCCAGUCAGUUCAGACAGAGCAUCCUGUCUGGAGUAAACCAUUUGGAGAUGAUUCUGUGCCUCUACACUUGAAGGAAAAAUUUUGUGACACUGAUUCCUUGAAGAAGAAUAACGAAGAGAAGGCCAAGUGGGCAGAUAUUGUAACUAAGGGAACACCUAAAUACUUCCAUCUGAAACAAUACACAGAUAGUGCUGAACAAAUGAGUUCUGGUCCAAGUCAGGAGGCAGAUAGGGAGUAUAGUUAUCCAACUGUCUCUCAACUUCGGCAUCGUUUUCUUGAUUUCUCUUCUCAACAGCUUCCUCUGCUACACCUUCGUCCUGCACAACAUUUGCCUUCAAGACAAUCUGUCUUUCCACCCAUUCAAGUAGCUACCCACAGCACAUGGAGAAUACCACCUGCUUCUCAAGUCACUACAAGUAUUUAUUUACCUAAUAUACAGUCUCUUCAACCAAGACUACCUAUGGGAAGUGAGGUCAUUCAGUUUGCACCACCUUUGCCAUCUCAUACACUCAUCCCGCUUCAAGAUCUGAUUGCCUUUGAACAAAGCAAACUACCUCCGAGCACAAGCAAACACCGGCACAGUCAGUGGAAGCUCCUGAAAGGAGGGAUUUCAGAACCUUCCAGAGAAUCUAAAGAAGGUGGCUCAAAAAGGGAAAAAUGGCGAAAGAAGCAAUCUGAGCCGACAGAGGAGGAAGAAAAAGUCAGUGAUAAGAUCCAACCAAAUGCUUCACAUGUUGAAGUGAAAGAGGUAACUACGCAAGCAGAAUGUGAACCUCAAUCGCUUCAACCUGAACUGGGAGAUGGCUUUAUUUUUCCACCAGUCUUAUUUGCUUUAGGGUCAUUUGAUUCUUUGCUACAUGAUGGAAGCGUGCUUGCAGGACCUUUGCCCACCUCUGCUGAAUUGCACUGUUUUGCUUCAACAAAGAAGAGUCCUGCAGAUAUAAGCCAUGCAGCCACAAACACUGACCAGGCUGUUUCUUGCGCUGCUAUUGGAAUAAACACAGACCUUUUGACCUUGCAGAAUGACCAACCAAUUUCCGUAAAAUCAUACAGAGAUGCUGAAACUGUGACAGAGGAAUCUUUAGCAAAAUCUGCAGCAAGACCCAUUACUUCACUAGAGGAUGCAGCAAAUACCAUGCUGCCUCCAGAUGUUUUCCUCAGACUCAGAUUUUCAGCAGAGCCUGAACAGAAACUUCUUCCUGAGAAAACGUUUGAUCCUGUAAUAGAUCAGGGUCCUGCUGGCCGGCAGUUCAUCAGUGUGAUUGACAUUGAAGAUGCCAAGUUGCUGAAUGAUUUGCCUUCACCUCCAGCUUCAACUGCUUUAGUGCCUGAUUUCAAGCUUGAGGUGUCAGAUGUUGAGCUUAGUCCUUUGGAUCCUUCUGUAACAAAUGCAGUUCCUUCUGGCUUGUUCACCAUAGAUGACAAAGUUGAUAUCAUACCUACUACAUUUGAAGACUCUCCAAUCUCCUCUACAUUGCCAAAGACCAAACCAACUACUGUCCCAACAGGAGAUGAAAUAACCAAAAAGCUGUUUCUGCCGGAAGAUCACUCGGUGAGGUUGUUGCCUCAGUCUUUAAGCCAAUCUGUAGCUCAAAGACAUUUUGCUGCAAAACUGUCAGAGAUGGAUGUCCAGCUGACUGCUUUGCAGAAUAUUGCAGAAAACAUGGAGCUUGAGUUUUCUAACACUCGCUUGUUGGUGAACACAAUCGAGAAGCUUGGCACUGCCAUUAGCCCAGAGCCAGCAACACAAAGUCAUUAUGGCCAAGACAAUUUUGCUGAAAUCGCAGCAUUCUCUCAGAAUUCUUUUUAUCAAUUAGAAGAUCUGAUGGAAGAAAAUGAGGAAAAUCUAUUCUUAGGCACUGAUGUUGAUCCUGUCGUUCCCGUAAUUGCAAAAAGGAGCUCCUCGCCCUGCGUUAUCCAAGACAAAUUUGACGUUUCAUUCCCAGAUUUUUUACCAACAGAAGCCGACGUGUCAAUGGAGGAUGCUCUACACCUGACAGGACUGAGUGAUGUUGCUGAUAUUCUUGGUGACCUUCUAACUGACAACAAAGUUGCGGCCUCAGAACUGGGUCUGUCUGAAACGCAAGCCAGAAAACUGACACGCAUGUAUGAGUCCCAAGUCAGACAGCCAUACCCCUCCAUCAACAAAAUUGAUCAGAAGAAGCAAGAAGUCAAGGAGUGGAUGAAAAGGAAACAUCAGCAGAGACAAGCUGAAUAUCAUAGGGAGCGAGAGAAGCAAAGAGAGCAGGAGCACCGGCCAUUCACAGCCAUGGCACAAAGAAACUUCACCACCAAAGACAUCAAAUUAAACAAGAAGAUUAAAGAAGACAAAGAUAAGAUGAUGCUAUCAGACCAUCACAGUCAGCGAAAGAAGGAAGCACUAAAUCUGAUGAAUGAAAUCCUCUCUGAGAACAAGCAGCUUGCAGAAAAUGAGCACCAUGUCACAAAAGGCACUUAUAUGACGUUUGUAACCAGUCCAGGACGGAGAUCAGAUGGAGGGGGCAGAACUCUUCACCAGCAAAAGGCCUCAAAGACCACACAGGGACACUCAACAUCUGCUUACCCGGUCAGAGGAUCCAAAGGGGCAGGGCCACCGUCUCGACUGUCACACAGAAGAACACCUGCUAAAGGAGGGCCUGGCGGUGUACAUAGUGAUUUGGGGUUACACCGACCUGCAAGUGCACUCCCAAUGGACCGCAUGUCUCAAUACACCCGCAGAGGAAUGCUGACCAAUGUGAACUCUUGGCAAAAGAAUUCCCAAAGCAGUAAGGCAGUAAGAAGCAAUUCAGCUAACAAAGGGCGCCUGACAUCUAAAGAAGGUGCAGUCAAAUCCUUACAAAGGAAGACAGAUGCACAGAAAGAGACUGAAGUUCAGACAGAGCGCAAUGUCGUUAGUCCAUGGAAUCCGCCUGCUGAGAUCAGGAAGCUCCUCGAGAUGGACCAGGAUUAUUUCCCCCAUGAUUCACUGUCUCCUGAUGUUGAUGGCCUGUCAGAAAGCACUGGCAGCAUUCUUAGCAAACUGGACUGGGCAGCAAUAGAGAAGAUGGUAGCCAGUGAAGAGAUCGGAGAAGUUCUGUCUGAAUUGUGAAGGCGUGCGUGUGUCUGGGAGCUACUGGGUACACACCCCGAGCUGGAGCUCCCUACCUUUACAAUCGGGUGAAGCAGGAAGGUAAGCGACCAGAUUCCACUUUCACUUCCCAGUGCAAUUACAGGAAAGGUGAAGCCGUGUGGCUGAGUGCCUGGACAAUGAUGGGGCGAACAGAAGCCAAAGGACAUCAGCUUUAAACAAAUGUGCCUUCAAACUCCGCAAACUUUGAAAUCAGCCACUGGGCUCCCAACUGUGGGCUCGGGCCGCUGCGUUUCGUUUGUUCUUUAAAUGUAACUGACAUGGAGCUGGUGGUCAGCAAAAUGGAGUUUUGUAUUCUUGGGUUGUGUCCACACUCUCCCUUCACAGUCUGUCUUUAUUUAAAUGUCAUUUUAUGUUCAUUUAGUAAUUUUGAAAUGUAAUGUUUUUCUCUAAAUAAUAAUGUUAUUUUGUACAGUUUUUGUAAUUUAUAAACUGGAUAAUUAAACUGUCAUCUUUUAAAGUUUGA